AUGGCGGCGAGCCGGGAGAGAAGCGCGCUGCCGGACCCCGCGGCCGAGGCGACGGAUUCGGACUCGCCGCGAACAGCCGAGGAGAUCGGCGGGAGCGGUGCGCCGCCCGGCGUCGGCGCAGCUGUCGACGCGCGCCUGCUGAGAAGCUUCGACGGGCUCGCGCGCGACCUGAACCACGCGAUUCGCGCGGCCGCGACGCUGUCGCAGCAGCACGACGCAAUCGCCACGUGCCUGCUCGUCGCCAACGCGCUGUGCGACUGGCCGGAGAGCGACGAUCCGCGGCCGCGGGAAGCGUUCGGCUUCCGCGUGCUGCGCAGCAUGCCGUGCGCCGCCGAGUCGCUGCUGCUGCGAGGCAAGCCAUGUUUUGCGGAUGAUGGAGG